AUGUUAAUGAUUGAUAGGCUGGACGAAAGUUUGAGUUGGGAUACGACACCAUUCAAACACAUUGAUCUGAUUAGGACGCCAUCGGAACAAAUAUAUUUACCCGAUAUUAUGAGCUAUAAUGACAUCGAUUACGGCACACAGAAAGUUGCAAAUACCAAAGCGCUUGUUUAUAAGAAUGGUCAUGUCUUAUGGGUACCUCCAAUGACACUAAAUCCUCUGUGUCGGGUCAACCUGAAGAGGUGGCCAUACGAUGAACACAUUUGUUUUAUAAAGUUUGGUUCGUGGACUCACGAUGGAUAUGUACUAGAUGUUUUCCCUAAAAAUGAUGGAAAGAAACCACAAUUUCUAAGUGAUUACUACGAGAACACUGAGUUUGAGGUGAGUUUCAUAAACGCCACGCGAAAAGUGAUGUUUUACGACUGCUGUAAAGAGCCGUAUCCGUCGGUAAGCUUUUACUUCCGACUCCAACGCCGACCCACUCUUUAUCACUACAUUAUUUCAAUCCCGGCUCUCAUGGCUAUCAUCGGAAGUCUUAUCACAUUCUGGUUUCCCAUCCGAUCUAACAUACGAUUUGUAUUGAAUUCAUUCAGUUUUCUAACCCUAACUCUACUUCUCAUUUAUUUGGGAACUCAUUUGGGUUUUAGUUCACUCGGAGUUCCCAUUGCGGUUCGUUUUCUAAGUUUGUCGUUACUAUUCGUUGGAUUACUACAGAUAUGGUUAACCAUUGCGUACAACAUAUCGCUAUUGAAGUGUGAGAUCCCGUUAUGGACCACAAGGUUUACGAAACCAUUGCUGCAAAUGUACCGAAACACUGAACACGAGAGCAUUCAGUUGACACAAUCGGAACAAUUACAGGACACCAAGAAGUCCGCCGAUUUAAAAGAAUUGCGAAAACUAUUGUUUGUGACCCGAGAUUACGACCGAUUUGCUCGACCCAUACCUAAGACACAUACGUUUAAUGUGACCAUUGAUUACAGUCUUAUUCAUAUCACUAAUUUUGAUAUAAAGAGGCAAACAUUGACCACAGAGGGAUGGCUACAGUUUGAAUGGCUGGACGAAAGUUUGAGUUGGGAUACGACACCAUUCAAACACAUUGAUCUGAUUAGGACGCCAUCGGAACAAAUAUAUUUACCCGAUAUUAUG